AUUUUCAGGGUUCGUUCCCCCAAGGGGCCAGAUGAGGAGCUCGAUGGGGUGGAUGAGAAAUUCUUCCAGGUGUUGGAACAGCUCAACUCCCAGAAACAGUGGAAGAAGUCGGAGGAUUUUAACCGCAUCACCCUGUACUUCAAGGAGAAACUCAUGGAGAAGGAGUAUCGACUCUCCGCUCUGCCUGCCUUCAAGUACUACACAGCCUGCACCUUCCUGGUCUUCCUCUCCAACUUCCUCAUCCAGAUGCUGGUGGCCCACAAGACCCCAGCUCUAGGAAUCUCCUACGGCAUCUCCUUCUUCCUCUUCAUCCUCCUCCUCUUCAUCUGCUUCGCUGGGAACCUGGCGAAGUGCUUCCAGAAAGGCCCCAAGAUGCUGUACUGGGUGCCCUCCCUCUCCACGGCCGUCUGCACCCAGCCCUGGCUCCGGGUCACCCUGGGCGUCACCACCAUCCUGGUCGUCCUCACCAUGGCCCUCUUUGAGCAGUUCUUCAUACCCACGCCCUGGUGUCCUCCACCAUCCCAUAAUCCCACGGUGCCAGUGAAUGCCACACGAGAAUCUCCCUCGACCGAUUCCUUAUUCAGCAUUCCGUACUACGUUUACUGUUGCAUCUUGGGACUCCUCUCCUGCUCACUCUUCCUCCACAUGAAUUUUGAACUCAAGUUCCUGAUGCUGACGCUUUGCCUGGUGAUCUACAAUGUCCUCUUCCUCCGCAGCCACGCCUGGCUCUCCGACUGCUACGUCGGGCGCCUCUACCCCAACCAGACCGUGCUCAGGCCGGGGGUCCUGAAGGAACCCAAGCUGAUGGGAGCCGUUUCCUUCUUUGUCUUCUUCUUCACCCUGCUGGCCCUGGCUAGACAAAACGAGUAUUAUUGCCGCCUUGACUUCUUGUGGAAGAAGAAGUUCAAGAAGGAGCGCGAGGAGAUCGAGACCAUGGAGAACCUGAACCGUGUCCUGCUGGAGAAUGUGCUCCCGGCCGACGUGGCGCAGCAAUUCAUCGGCCAGAACCGGCGUAACGAGGACCUUUACCAUCAAUCCUAUGACUGUGUCUGUGUCCUCUUCGCCUCCAUCCCCGACUUCAAGGAGUUCUAUUCCGAGUCCAACGUCAACCACGAAGGGCUGGAGUGUCUGCGGCUGCUCAAUGAGAUCAUUGCGGAUUUUGAUGAGCUGCUCUCGAAGCCAAAAUUCAGUGGUGUGGAGAAGAUCAAGACCAUUGGCAGCACCUACAUGGCAGCUACGGGAUUAAAUGCCACUUCUGGCCAGGACAACCAGCAGGAUGCCGAGAGGAGCUACACUCACCUGGGCAUCAUGGUGGAGUUCGCGGUGGCCCUGAUAGCCAAGCUGGAUAUCAUCAACAAACACUCCUUCAACACCUUCAAACUCCGUGUGGGUAUAAACCAUGGCCCCGUGGUGGCUGGUGUGAUCGGAGCCCAGAAACCCCAAUAUGACAUUUGGGGAAACACGGUGAAUGUGGCGAGUCGCAUGGAGAGCACUGGGGUGUUGGGGAAGAUCCAGGUCACAGAGGAGACAGCCAGGGCCCUGGAGACCCUGGGUUACACCUGCUACCUCCGUGGGGUUAUCAAGGUCAAGGGCAAAGGCCAGCUACGGACCUACUACGUCUGCACCGACCUGUCCCGCUGUGGCCUGCAGGCCCCCAUGCUCAGCUGAGAGCUCCCCCCUGGACAAAUGGACACAGCCCAGCCUACAGAGGGCUGGUCUCCUUCCAUCCCACUGCAGUACUUCCUUUCCAGCACUUGGGGGAGCCGGCACAGGAGCCUGUUGGCUUUGCAUUCAUCCACUCAUGUCACGACUUGAUGCCUGGACUCAGUCUUUCACAAUGGGACAAGCA